AUGAUGAAAAUUGUUUUAAAAACAAAUAAUGUAGGAGAAAAUAACCUUGAUAAAUCAACUGAUAAAAAUGAAUCCACUAAAAAUGAUAUAAAAAAACCCCAAAAUAAUAUUUUAAAUCUAGCUUUUGGGUUAAAGGGUGAUAGCUCCCUUGAUAGUGACCAUGAAAUUGACGGCAAGCAUUUUUUAUCUAGAAAUAAACCUGAAAAUUCAAAGCCUGUAUUCGAUUCUCUUAAAGCUAGAAAAUUUGCAAAGGCUUUAGAGUCUUCUGAUAAGGCUAAUUGUGGUCUUGAAUUGGACCCUGAAUUAUAUUUAUAUGAUGAGUUAGUCCCAAAUAGAAACACCGAAGAAUCCGUUAAAUUUAAGUACCUUGGAUUUGUAGACGAAUCUAAAAACACACCUGUGUCAGAUUUGACUGAUGAUUCACAAGAAGGACCAGGAGAAUCUGUUGAUAAUAAAUCCGAAGAACAAGUUGAGGCUAAGAAAGAGUCUCGGUAUAUGAGUAAGAUGGUUAAUGUUGCUAGAAAACGUCAAAUGGAGCGUGACAUUGCCUUUGAGAAGCAGCUUCUUAAAGAGGAGCUUAAGUCUGACUCUAAUAUCGGAGAAGUGUUUAUUACGGGUGCUUACAAGAAGAAGCUGGAAGAGCGUAAGCUUUUGGAGGAAGAGCAAAAGAAAAAGGAAGAGUACGACGCUGUUCACAGCAAGAACAGUCUUACAAAGUUACACACUUAUCUUUUAAAAACGGGUUUUGCCAAAAGAUCAUCCACCGAUAAUCCUAACAAUUAA